UGAGCGUUCAGAACGAAAGUUUAGAUUUGUACUCUUCGUCUGCAAACGUCGCACAACAAUCUUCUAUCUCGCCAUGGAGGAUAAGAACGCAUCCGGUAACACCGCAGCUGUGGAGAAUGCAGCCUCUACUCCGGCAGCGAAGAAAGCCGCCAAGUCGAAAGCUAAGGUCCAGCGUCCCAAGUCGACGCAUCCGCCUACCGCGGAGAUGGUCACGGCCGCCAUCAAGGAGCUGAAAGAUCGCAAGGGCUCGUCCGUGCUUGCCAUCAAGAAGUACAUCGUCUCGACCUACAAGGUCGACGGCGAGAAGUUCGCGCCCUUCAUCAAGAGAUACCUGAAGGCGGCGGUCACGUCCGGCGCGGUUGUGCAAACCAAGGGAAAAGGCGCGUCUGGCUCGUUCAAGCUCGCUACCGCCAAGCCCAGUCCUAAGGCCGGCAGCAAGGUCAAGCGCGUCGUCAAGGAACGCGCCUCCGCCAAGAAGACCCCUGAGAAGAAGGUGGUGAGGAAGGCGCCCGCCAAGAAGACCGAGGCGAAGAAGGCCGCCGAGAAGAAGCCGGCAACGCCAAAGAAGACCGCCAAAACAGCGGCGGCGAAGAAGGUGGAAGCUGCGGCGAAGCAGAGAGCCGCCGCUCAGACCAAGAAUCUUUCCAAGACCAAGAAAGCUACGAAAGCCCCGGCUGCGAAGACUAAAACCCCGAAGCCUAAGACCACCAAGGCUGCAGCCACGAAGAAGGCAGCGAAGAAAUAAUUUUCUAAUGUUGCUUCCUUCACUCCCGAUACAAAUUGGCCCUUUUCAGGGCCCCAAUUUAUCAUACGUUGGGACACAAACCUCGCAUUUCGCUCUAAAAAACGUAUUACCUAUUUUCAGCAUUUUUCCUUUCUCCCGAAAUUAAAUUAAAAAGGAAUUUAAUUUAA